CGUCUCCUGGACGAAAAUCCGACCGUCAUUCCUGGGAAUAAAGGACUGUAAGUACUCAGAAUGUCAGAGAAGGGUUCCACUUCUGAUGUGAAGAACGCCAUGGAGGGAGACAGCAAAAGGACAAGAGAUCAGGAUCACGACUCAAAGAUGUCUGAUGAACAUCGAGAUACAGAUGACUCAUCUGAGAAAACAUCCAGCAGGAUGUCCAGAUCCCCACAGAAAUCCUCCAAGAAACCAAAGACAGUGCCGGUGAAAGUCAUGCUGUUGGAUGGAUCCGAAUAUGAAACUGGAGUGGAGAAAUCCUGUAAAGGUCAAGUCUUGCUGGAUCUGGUGUGUGAGCAUCUGAACCUGUUGGAGAAGGACUACUUUGGCCUGACUUUCUGUGAUGCUGACAGUCAAAAGAACUGGCUGGAUCCAUCAAAAGAGAUAAAAAAACAAAUUCGGGUAGGCUCCUGGCAGUUUUCAUUUGCUGUCAAGUUCUAUCCUCCUGACCCCUCACAGCUGAUAGAAGACAUCACUCGGUAUUACCUGUGUCUUCAGUUAAGAGAGGACAUGCUGUCAGGACGCUUGCCAUGUUCAUUUGUUACACACGCUUUGCUAGGCUCAUAUGCUGUACAGGCUGAACUGGGAGAUUUUGACCCAGAAGAGCAUGGGCUUGACUACAUCAGUGACUUCCACUUCGCUCCCAACCAGACACGUGAGCUGGAAGAGAGGGUUAUAGAACUCCACCGCACCUACAGGGGCAUGAGUCCUGCAGAAGCUGAGAUGAACUUUCUGGAGAAUGCUAAAAAGCUUUCAAUGUAUGGAGUUGAUCUUCAUCAUGCUAAGGACUCUGAGGGCAUUGACAUAAUGUUAGGUGUGUGUUCAAGUGGCCUCUUAAUCUACAGAGACCGUUUGCGCAUUAACCGUUUUGCCUGGCCCAAGAUUCUCAAAAUCUCCUAUAAGAGAAGCAACUUUUACAUCAAAAUCCGCCCUGGAGAGGUAGAGAAAAAGUAUGAACAGUUUGAGAGCACCAUUGGCUUUAAGCUGCCAAAUCAUCGAGCUUCCAAACGCUUGUGGAAGGUCUGCAUUGAACACCACACUUUUUUCAGGUUGGUCUCUCCUGAACCCCCACCCAAAGGUUUUUUGGUGAUUGGCUCAAAGUUCCGCUACAGUGGGCGGACUCAGGCCCAGACUCGCCAGGCGAGUGCAUUAAUUGAUAGGCCAGCCCCUCAGUUUGAGCGAUCAGCUAGCCGGAGAUACUUACUCUCACGCAGUCUAGAAGGAGCAUCUGCUCUGGGAGAUACAAUGGACAGACUCUCCCAGCACACCUCCAGUGACCCAGCACAUAGCCUCUCCAGAGACGAUCUGGACCGGGACUACUUGGAGUCUAGUCAGGAGCAGGAUCUGGACCAGCAGCAGAAGCAAACUGUAGAUAAGAGACCAGAGAGGGAUGCUACUCCAUCAAAGGCCAUGGGGGAGGAGCCAGGCUCUCCUCUAGACUCUAAGGCUGAGUCGGACCAGGACUUGGCCCCUCGCCCUAAACAGGAGCAGUUCCUGGAUAAACCUGAAGAUGUACUACAAAAACAUCAGGCAAGUAUCAACGAAUUGAAGAGAGCACUGAGGGAACCCAACAGCAAGCUAGUCCACAGAGAGAAACGUCUGUCUGUGACCUCGUCUGGCAGCACUCCAGAGAAAAAAACUGCCUCUGAGGAGCCCGUAUUUAUUGAGGAGCAAGACGGUUGUCAAACAGGCCUGGCCCUCAGUUCAAAAGAGGAAAAGAACAAGAACCCUGCUAGAAUAGAGCCACCACCACUCACUCAGCAUGAAGGAGAUCAAGUGAUUAGUGGGAAAAUCUGUAUGACUCGUGGUGGCCCAAUGGGAAGCCAUACCAGCAAAUCAAAUAAGAACUCCAUCCCAUCCCCAGAGAAGCCUCUAAGAACCAAGAUUUAUGCAUUAAAGAAUGAACCUAUCCAUGAAACCCAUUCUGCUGGCAAGAACAUAAAUGACAAUGGACUUCCAUAUGAGAAACAUUUGGAGAACAAUAUUCAUGCAAAUGGCUGUGAUGAAUAUCCAACAGAGACUCAUUGGACUGAAAGGAGACAUGUUGGCACAACUCAUGUAAAAGAUAGUGUAAAUCUAGAUUUUUGGAACUAUGAGGGGAGAAACCAGGGUGAGGUUUCUCCCAAUGCAGUAAUAGACAAACAUAUGAGAGAUCAGUAUAAUGGAAGCAGAUGGGAAAGACAAUCUGUGGAAAGUACGAACAAAAUUAAAACCAUUAGUAAAACCAAAACAACUGAAAACAAAGUAGUUCUAAGAAGUGAUUUAGUUAAGAGUAAUUCUGCUGAACCAGAGCCAAAACGAGUGGUUCCCUUGAAACCUGAGAGGUCCAAAAAACUAAAGGGAAAACAUGCACCCAAAGACACAAAUUAUUCAAAUUUAUUUGAUGAGACAAAAGGAACAAAGUCAGAGGAAUCGUCCAGAAUCGAAAAAAUACCAUCUUUUUUCACACAGAUGAGUAUGUCUUCAGUCAUGGAUAGCACUGCAGCAGUUCCUAAAAGAGACAACACAGCUAAUGGCUAUGUUAGGGAAAUCAGGAAACGCAACCAGCCUCCACAAACAUACAAGAACCCAUUUCAGGAUACAGAAGACAAUACUGAUCAGAGACUUAGUGCAGAUGAUGACCAGGUGUGCUUUGAAGAUACUUCCCCACUGUCUGAUUUCCCAUCAAACUUAAUAUUUUCUGGCUUUGAGCAAAUGACUCCUUUGUAUUCUCAUGUAAAGUCCCAGAAGUCAAGAGAGACGCGACAAAAACAGCCUUCUCCUACUGACUCCGGCCACAGCCUUCUCAAGAGCUCCAGCUUAGAAUCAGCUAAAAAGAAACCAUCGGAACCGCUCCCCACCCCAGCAAUUCAUGCGGAACCUCAGGAGGAAGUCCAGAGAGAGCCAUGGGAACGGCGUCUGGGAUCAGUGUCUGAGGAUGACCCUGACCCAGAGAAUCUAUAUCUCAAGGAGACCCACCUGGGCAUUGAACGCAAAUGCUCCAGCAUCACCGUUAGCUCCACUUCCAGUUUAGAGGCUGAGGUGGACUUCACUGUCCUCAUGGACCUUCAAUCAGGGAUGGAGGAGUUCUCCAGAGGAAUGUCGGAGUUAGGAGAGAAGGACCUCUCGCCUGAACUUUGUGUUUCAGACCGGCCAGCACAUCCAGCUUUCAUGCUAGGGUCCGAACCCAUCGUCAUUCCACAGGAGAAACCUGCAGAACUGUUAAGGUCGGUGGAAGAACUGAAGCCCAUCGUAGAACAGAAGCCUGUGGAGCAGCGUAAACCUGAGCCUUUUGUGCCAAAAAAAGCUCCACGGUCAGUGAAGGCUGCUCAGGCUUUAAAAAAGGAAUCUGCAGAGCUGGUUCAUGUCCAGUCAGUAAGGCAAGAUGGUUCAGACACAGCAUCUUUACAGCUUCAUAGCAGAGAGAGCAGUGACAUCAUAGCCUCUCAAGCUCUAAGAAAAACAGAAGUCAAGAUUGAGACGCAGCCGAAUGGGUCAGAGGUUACCACAACCAUUAUGGAGAUAGCAGACCAGGAUCAUGGCAUAACUGCUCUGCGUGAAGCCCCAUUCUCAGUGACAGAGAGGAUCUCUCCUGUGAGCUUCGGAUCUUUGGCCAGAGAGGGUUCUGGGUCCCCUCUAUUUGUAACAGAGAAUGUGACCUCAGCUACAACACAUGUUACCAAAACAGUAAAAGGCGGAUACUCGGAGACAAGAAUUGAGAAGAGGAUUAUCAUAACUGGAGAUGAUGAUGUUGACCAAGAUCAAGCACUGGCCAUGGCAAUAAAAGAAGCCAAGCAGCAGCAUCCUGACAUGUUGGUAACUAAGGCCAUAGUUGUCAGGGAAACAGAAUCUUCCACACAAGAUACACAUGAGCAAUUCAAGUCCUGAUCUCUUAGACUGUCAGGACUGUUCACAGGAGAAGUACUGUAUUUUAAACCAUCUAAUGAUGGUGGAUCAUGGACAUCUACUAUCCAGCACCCAUCAAUCCUAACCCACAGGUUCCAGCACCUCUCUAGCAGCAUACAGAUAUACAUCCUCCCUGUCACAAGUCAGACUUCACAUCUUUGCACCCAUCUGUCUAUUUUUACUUUCAGUGUGGUCAUGCAUAAUGAGAAAAGUGGCAUUGUGCAUGCCAUGCUGGAAUAUUCAACCAUUUGAAACUGACUAUUUCUCAAGAGAUCUACUGGAUAGGCAAAUGGGAAGGCUUAUUUUGCAAUCAUCAGACUAUAGGAAGUGUCAUUCAUCUCAGAACGCACAUGACUGUUACUUGAUCAGAUAAAGCUAAAAUGCUGUUAAAUUUUAAUUCUCAGACCAUUUAUGUGUCCAUGACAAUGAUCACAUGAGAGAAACAAAUUAACAAAUCUAAAACAUGGGCACCAUCGGACCAACUAAAGCGGAUCAGUGCACUCAUCAAAUAGGCACAUAUGGUGUUGACAGGACAUGGACAGAUUGCUGGACACAAGGACAACAAUUUGUGCCAAUUAUGGAAGGAAGACGCUUCUGAGAAGCUUUCUGAGAGGAGAAAAGAGAAAUCAACAAGAAACAACUUUGAAACAGAAUGACACAAAUACUCAAUAUAAAAUGAAGAUAAUUGUCAUUGUCAUUGUUGUGAAGAUAAGUACGCUAUAAAAAAAAAUCACCCUCUGUAGGGCCUUGUUCCCGGAACGUGUGAUGUUGUACUUAAUGUAUAUUUGGCCCUGGAAACCCUUUCAUUAAUCCUGUAUGAUUCAUAUUCAGGUUACCAAAUGAAAUUUUCCUUUAAAUGAGGUGCUAAAAACAAAUAAUAACUACAAAAUGGUAUACAUUUCAUAUUAAUAAGAAAAUCCCUUCAUUUCUCUCCAA